AUGGAGCUGGCCUACGUGUGUGAGUGGGAGAAGCGUCCGAAGAGCACCCACUGCCCUCCUCCCUUUGUCUGCUCCUGGUCCUGCAGGAACCUGGUUGCCUUCACUACGGACCUGAAGAGCGAGGACGACGACAAGAAUGUAAGUCACAUGAUCCACAUCAUCGACACCGAGCACCCCUGGGACGUUUUCUCCAUCAACUCUGGACACACUGAGGUCAUUUCCUGUCUGGAGUGGGACCAGUCAGGUUCGCGGCUGCUCUCUGCAGAUGGUGACGGGCAGAUCAAAUGUUGGUCAAUGUCGGAUCACCUGGUGAACAGCUGGGAGAGCAACCUAUCAAGCUCGCUGGACGGAGAUCCCAUCAUCGCUCUCAGCUGGCUGCACAAUGGUGUCAAGCUGGCGCUGCAUGUGGAGAUGUCAGGCUCCACAAACUUUGGGGAGAAGUUCUCGCGGGUGAAGUUCUCGCCGUCCCUGACGCUGUUUGGUGGGAAGCCGAUGGAGGGCUGGCUGGCGGUGACCGUGAGCGGCCUGGUGACCGUGUCGCUGCUGAAGCCGGGCGGCGCUCUGCUGACGGCAAGCGAGAGCCUGUGCCGGCUGAGAGGACGGGUGGCAUUGGCCGACAUCGCCUUCACUGGAGGAGGGAACAUUGUGGUGGCUGCCACGGAUGGCAGCAGCUCCUCCCCCGUCCAGUUCUACAAGGUGGUUGUCAGUGUGGUGAGUGAGAAAUGUCGCAUCGACACUGAGCUGCUGCCCUCACUGUUCCUGCGCUGCACCACUGACCCGCUGAGGAGGGAGAAGUACCCCGCUGUCACCCACCUCAAGUUCCUGACCCGAGAGAACUCCGAGCAGGUUCUGCUGUGUGCAUCCAAUCAGAAUGGCAGUAUCGUGGAGUGCUGGUCUCUGAGGAAGGAGGGACUUCCUGUCAACAACAUCUUCCAGCACCGCUCACCAGUCGUGGGGGAGAAGCAGCCAACCAUCCUGAAAUGGAGGAUAUUGACGACCACCAGUGACCUAGAGCGAGUGUCAGCUGUUGCUCUGCCCAAACUGCCCAUCUCCAUCUCCAACACCGACCUGAAGGUGGCGUCAGACACAAAGUUCUGCCCCGGCCUUGGUCUGGCUCUGGCCUUUCAUGACGGCAGCAUCCAGAUCCUUCACCGGCUGUCCCUCCACACCAUGGGCGUUUUCUACGGUGGCUCCUCCUCAGCACAGCGGCCCGGAGAUGAGUCCGCCAUCAAACGCCAGAGAACCACAGGUCCUGCCAUCCACUUCAAGGCCCUGCAGUUCUCAUGGACCUCAUUGGCUUUGGCUGGAGUCGACAACCACGGCAAGCUCCACAUGCUGCGGGUGUCGCCCUCUAUGGGUCAGGUGCUGGAGAUGAACACAACACUACGCCACCUGCUGUUCCUGCUGGAGUACUGCAUGGUGACAGGCUACGACUGGUGGGAUGUGCUGCUGCAUGUGCAGCCCAGCAUGGUGCACAACCUGGUGGAGAAGCUACAUGAGGAGUACAUGAGGCAGAACCAGGCGCUGCAGCAGGUUCUGGCGACGCGCAUCGUGGCAGUGAAGGCGUCUCUCUGUAAACUCUCCACGGCGACAGCAGCUCGAGCCUGUGACUUCCACGCCAAGCUGCUGCUCAUCGCCAUCAGCUCCACCCUCAAGUCUCUGCUGAGGCCCCACGUUCUCAACACACCUGACAAGAGUCCAGGUGACCGACUGACUGAGAUCUGCGCCAAGAACACUGACACAGAUAUCGAUAAGGUGAUGAUCAAUCUGAAGACUGAGGAGUUUGUGCUGGAUGGUCCUCCUCUGCAGUCUCUGCAGCAGCUCAUCCAGUGGGUGGGAGACUUUGUCCUUUACCUGCUGGCUAACCUGCCCAACCAGGGCUCGAUGGUUCGGCCUGGUUUUGGCUUCAUGCGGGACGGAGCGUCUCUAGGGAUGCUGAGGGAAAUGCUGGUGAUGAUCCGGAUCUGGGGUCUGCUGAAGCCCGGCUGUCUGCCCACCUUCACGGCCACAUCAGACAACCAGGACAGCAUGCAGCUGCUGUUCAGACUGCUCACCAAGCUGUGGCUCUGCUCGCGAGACGACGGCCCCCCCCAGGAUCCCGACGAGAGUCUGAUCGACGAGUGCUGCCUGCUGCCCAGUCAGCUGCUGGUUCCCAGCAUGGACUGGUUACCAGUGAACGACGGCGUCAUUGUGAAGCUGCAGGGGAAACACCCUCUCAGGCUGCAGUUCGGAAAGGCCUCGUCUCUGCCCGGCGCCACCGCGCCCACACCGCUGGAGGUGUUCACCAGGACUCCUGGCUCUCAGAAGAUGGAUAACCUGCGCUGUGUUCACAUGGGCGUCUGUCCCACCGAGGAGAGUAAAGCCUGCACUAGGUGCGGCUGCGUGACGAUGCUCCGCUCGCCCAACAAGACAAACGCCAUGAAGCAGUGGGAGCAGCGCUGGAUUAAGAACUGUCUGUGUGGCGGUCUGUGGAGGAGGAUCCCACCCACAUUCACCUGACCAGGUGACACCUUGCUGCCUGCUGUCAUGAAACUUGCUCAUAGUGGUAACCCACUAACCAAUAAGGUGCCUGAAAACAGUCACUAAUCCUUUCUACAACUCAGAACCAGCUUCAUGAGACCAGGUUCUAGUGUGAGGCAGCAGAGACUGGGUUCCUGCUGCAGGACUGAAUUCGUUUCUGAUGAUUGAUUGAUCAAUCGAUCGGAGCUGCACUUUGUAAAUAAAUGUAAUUUUUCUAAUAAAACCAAGCAAAUUAAA